CCACAAUCGCAACUGUACUCACCUUGCCGCCCCCUAUUAACUCACACCGCAAAGAAUUGAGCGGUGGGUGGUAGGAAUUUGCAGACGGGAUGCAAAUACUCCGAUGCCUACCGCCGGCCACCUAAUAAAUUUGUACCGCCGCAGUCUUGCUAGCAGGCAUCACCACCAACAUCGGGCGGAUCUGCCAGGGUCUUGCGAAAUGAGUUUGCCAUGCCCCCCCCAAGUUGGCCCGUCUCCCGAACCCGGCAUGGUUUUUUCGAAUCAGUAUCCACCGCCACAUGCCCAACUGGCAACUGGUCACUUAUGUCCAUGACUCCAUACCAGCCUGGGAGGAGUUGGCCCCUUUUCAUUGUCAAGUUUGCUCUUCAGUAGCAAACUCGCCCCCACGGGUUCCUUCCAUCGCCUUGAGGAAUCUUUCGUCUGCGUUUGCCCGCAUGUUUAAUUCUUCGUUAGCCACUGGCGGCUACCAGGAACCCGAAUAGAGACACAACCGAGUGUGGUUCUCGCCGCUUAACUCGCUGUGGCGGCUAGACUAUUCAACGGCUGGUCUUUACUGGAGCCCAGCUAAGUGCGGAAACCACAGAGUCAUAAUGGUGUACUGUGGCCGACAGCAUGAAGAUCAUGCAACAUACGAUCGUAGGACGUCACAUACCAUCAUCGUCACCGUAUUGUCCACCCUCCACUUCCAUCUUUCAUGCACAGACACAGUACACCAAUUCAACCAAUUCCGAUU